AUGAAUGCAACUAACGCCAGAUCUGGCUUGCGACAAAGAGUGGCUCAUUUGAACAUGCGGAAGGGCACUAAGAGCUGUCAUGAAUGUCGACGUCGAAAGACUAAAUGCACCUAUCGUGACGGAAGUCGGUCGAGGUGUGAGGAAUGCUAUGCUCGUGGCACACCUUGCGUGGCCCAAAGUCAAAGCCCCAAGGCGACGUCUGUCAUCAAUACUGCAUCAACCAAAGCAGAUGGGAGUAGCGAAGAAGCGAAAUACAGUCUGCGGGAACGAGUUGCUCGUCUGGAGGAUUUUGUCCAAAACUAUCUGAACAAUGAAUCUAGUUUCAAGUCGUCGAACAAUGGGCAAAGUCACAACACACUCGACAAUCAUUCCGCGUAUACCGACUCAAGAACAGAUGGAGGGACACCCGCAUCCGCCAGCGUCCCUUCCGCCUCGAACCCUUUCCUGAGUUUAUUCGACAAUGAUAUUAUCACACAAGCAUACCAUACGACGCACUCUUCACUUGCCCAGCCAGUGGCUAGGACAGAGCCACCAGCUUUCCAUCCUGGUCGAUACGAGCUUCUGCUGCUCCUGCCUCAUGAUCCAGACUUCGACACCCUGAUCAGUCUGAGCGAAGACUGGUGGAACUCGGCUCCUCACAGAUUUCCAGAGCUAUUCGACCGCGAAGAGACGACUGCUGAAAACUGGAGAUCGGUGCUUAACCGCAAAUUAAGUCUUGCCAAUCCCGCCGAGACCGCCAAAGUCCUCCUCUGGGCCUUGAUCAGUGCCGAGAGGCUGAGUGAAGAGGUCUUUCAAGGUGGCACUUUCCGAGAUCCUGGAGCUCUGGCUACUUUGGAAAGUCGAAUUAUCCCUGCCAUUAACCGAGCAGUGGUCUUCCAGGACGAUAUCACAACAACAUUACCCGGUAUAGAAUGCUUGGUACUUUUGGCACGCUACCACUGCAACCACGGCCGACUGCAGAAAGCCUGGCAUCUAUCUCGGCGAGCACUCGAAUACGCCAUCAGCAUUGGCCUUAACCGCGCCGCCUCUAUCAAACAAAGUCCGAUCACACCAGGUCAAUCCCUUGGUCGACAAAUUGAAGUAUGGGAAGCGGUCUGUUUCCUGGAUCGAUAUAUCAGUAUGAUCCUCAGGCUGCCUUAUGGAGUGCGACAUCCAUACCCUGACUUACGAGUGGGAAAUGUCAAGACCAUGCAGAGCACUUCACCACAAGCGACAUUCUUUUAUGCCGCCAUGAGCUCAAUCAUCGGCCAGAUUAUCGAUCGGAACCAGGAGCCGCUCGACGACUCUGUUCUCUUUCUCCGGACGCUGAAGAUAGAUCAGGAGUUGAAGGAGGUCAUGGACAACAUGAACACAGUUCAGUGGGAUGUUGACCCAAGAUCUUCCGACCCGCCGACACGGGAGGCAUUUGAGCGUAUCGAAGCGCACUUUCUUAUGAACUUCAUUCAAGCACUACUACACUUACCGCUGAUGCUGAAAUGUAUCGGCAAACAAGACAAGGGCGCGUUUGAGUUUUCAUACGGCGCCUCUCUCAAAUCAUCGCGUCAUGCUCUGGUCGCGUACAAAUACCUCCGCGUCGGCUUGCGACUCGACCGAUAUUUAUGCGCAAUGCUCGAUUUUCAGGCAUUCACACUAUCCGUGCUGCUGACCCUACAUUUACUGAGCCAGACGACCGGAAAUAACUCAGAAUCAAACGGUGGAUCCCAUACUUCUAGAGGACAGGAUGAACGCGACUGGAAAUCCGUCACCGACAUUGCAGAGAUCCUUCGAGCGGAAUCGACAGACAAUCACAAGAGUAUUGUGGCUACGCAGGCCGUGGCAAUUCUGGACGUGCUGUUCGAUGCGCGAGGCAACGUGGGCGAACACAUCGAUUUACGCCCUCAAUCCGAGUCCGACGGUAGCGAAGACUGCGGAAAUCACAUUAAGAUGACCAUCCCCUGUUUCGGAGACAUCACCUUUACGCGAGGCACCAAGGGAGGCCCGUGCUUUAGUCUCGGCGCCUCUGCAAAUACGCUGGGUUCCGCUCCUGACGCGACCGCUGCAUUCUCGCCACUUGCAGGGCAGGGUGAGACAGUCCUCGAUGCGGCAGAUCUGUGUGCGAUGGCAAUGUCACUUGAUGACAGUUCAGCGCGUUUUGACGGCAACUGGGACGUGCUCGCUAGCAAUGUGGCCUCGGCGGUGGCGGCAAGCUCAAAGUGA